AUGGAACGAGCUGUAGCUGCGGUAGUAAGUGGCGCAAUGGGUUGCAAGAAAGCUUCAAUUCAAUUCCAGCUUCCACAAACUACAUUGGAAAGAUACGUGAAAAAGCGUAGGACUGACCCAAAUUCUGUGAUUGAUAAAACCGCUGGCAAAUAUCACUGUGUUUUUACUCAAGACCAAGAGGUAGAACUAGUUGUAUAUUUAAAGGAUAUGCAAAAGAGAUUGUUUGGUUUAACAUUAAAAGAACUCAGAAAGCUAGCCUAUCAAUUAGCGGUUAGGAAUGGUUGUGAGCAGUUUGAGGAAGCCUGA